CAUCUCAACAGAGCAACACAAACUCACACAUUGCCAAUUCCCUUUCUUGGUUUGAUUCUGGCUGCUGCAAUGGCUUCGUCGCUGGCCCUGGUAGCUCUGCUCCUCGUGAGCUGCGCCGUGGUGGCGGCGGCGGCGACCAAGUACACCGUCGGCGACACGUCCGGCUGGGCGAUGGGGGCGGAUUACACCACCUGGGCCAGCGACAAGAAAUUCAAAAUGGGCGAUACCCUCGUGUUCAACUACGCCGGUGGGGCGCACUCGGUGGAUGAGGUGAGCGCAGCGGACUACGCUGCGUGCACCGCUAGCAACGCGCUCCAGAGCGACAGCAGCGGCACGACCACCGUCACCCUCAAGACCGCCGGCAAGCACUACUUCAUCUGCGGCAUCGCCGGCCACUGCAGCAACGGCAUGAAGCUCGUCGUGGACGUUGCCGCGGCCUCUCCAGCCCCAGCCCCAAAAGCCCCGUCCACCACACCGACGACUCCAUCUACGACACCAGCGACACCGGCGUCCCCUGGCACAAGCUCCGGUCUGACGCCCACAACCCCAGCAACGGUGCUCGCGCCGCCCGCCAAGCAGUCCGCCGGUGCAGCUGGGCUCAGGGCCAGGUCAUGGGCUAUGCUGGGCCUGGCAGGACUUGCCGCCGUGCAACUGGGCCUCUUCUAGGGCCAAGGCCAGGGUGGAGGCAGUGCUGUUAGGUUGCAUGUCAUUUAGACAUCGACACACACCGUGUCAAGUGUUUGUUCAGGAAGUGAGUUGAGGUUUCUUUUCACAGAGGGAACUGGUGCUUUUGUUGUGGUGAGCUGGCAGUAGUUGGAUGCUGUGUUUGAAUUGACUUCCUGUUAAUUUGUUGUCCUAUCUAUGUCAUGGAUUUUUAGCCUCACCUGUGUAUGUUGGGAUUCAUUCCAAUCUGGUUAUGAUCUA